GUUUCUAAACACGGAGGGCCGUUGAGGUGGUUGAGGCGUACGGUCGCACUACCUAUGGGGACGCUACCCGUCUCGUAGCGAUGCGCGGCCGUUGCGAGCAGCUAACAGCUGCGUUAAAAGUUGUGCUGUGGCCACAGUCACCGAAGACGUAAUUAAAUGGUGACCAAAGUCAUUGUAAGGUUCCUGAAGAAGAGGAUUGUGCUUGCUGUCAUCUUCUGCGUGUCGCUUCUGUACUGCUUAUCGUCGCUGUUAACUGAGGAUUCGCUCAGCGUUGAGACGAACGAAACUCUCGGGAAGAUUUCUCUACCGCCGAGUUCCUUCAAGUGGCAUGUGGAUAAAGAAAAGAACAACUCGAGUGCCCCCGUUAGUUGCAGAAACUCGGUUCAAGGAAAAGUCCUCGUAGCAGAUGACCGAGGUUACGUCUGCCAAAGAUCAGAGGUGGCAUCAAAUGGCUGUUGCAUUGCUGAAGCUUCCAGCACACGACGCUACUGCUGUGAUACGUGCCAACCCAAUGGUUGCUGCAGCAUCUACGAGUACUGCAUCUCCUGCUGCAUGCAUCCGCAAAAGAUCGCAAUACUGCAGAAGAUCCUAGGGAAGGCGUCGGACACUUUCAAAAUGUUGGUGGCAUCCAUCACCGACCAUUUUGAGCUGUGCCUCACAAAGUGCAGGACAUCAUCUGAUAGUGUUCAUCACGAGAACUCGUAUCGUGAUCCCAAGGCGAAACAUUGCUAUGCCGACGAGCCGCCCGGCCGACAGAUGUCGACACGAAGCCAGCUGAUGAAGGAAUGAAUGAUCAGCUGGGGACUACUACGUGGAAUGCUCCCAGUGUUUCUUUCUUUUGCUGCUGCCUUUCAAUUUCUGAGCUCAAUGUGCCCAGCUAGCUAGCCAAGCGUAGCAGGUGUCCCAUAGCAGUGGGCUGUGCUUCAUUGUGCUCUCGAAGUGACGAACCUGAUGGCAUGGUGUGGUGCCAGAGAGGGAAGUAUGAGUGCCUGGUGUGUUCGAAUGUAAUGAUUCAGUCAGCACGUAACUGCAGUUCACUUUGGUGCGCUAGCAGUUAUCCUCACUUAAUUGAUACUUGCUCAUUGUAGCCAUUACAUCGCAGUUUUCUGACCCGGUGAACAGUUAUAAUCUAAGAUGUAUGCAUCUUCUUUGCGCAUAUAGUUUAGUCUUGCUUUGUCUCCGUAGGAAGGUUGGUUUAAGAACUCCUACUGUGUUUCCCCAUGCUUGUUGCCUUUGCUUUUUUUGUGGUGCACUUUGUCCACGGCACAGAACUUUGUUUUCAUGCAAGAAAAUAUGAGAGCUGCUUUUUUCAGACAUCUGGUUUGAAGCAUUUCUAACUAGCAACUGCCCCGUGUGGUGAAGUGCGGUGCAUAUUUUGCAGAGGUGUGCUUGUAUAGUUGGUGGUUGUUGCUCAGGCUGUAUUAGUCGUCGUUGCUCCAGUAGCACAGACCGGUGAGUCAUGUCCAAGCUGUGCAAGACAAAUGGGCAUUCGGUAGUCAUCAUUGCUAAUGUUUGGCUUUUCAGUGCUAUACCGGAGAAAUUGAUUGGCUGUAGGCUCAUGUCAUAGCAGGGUGCAUUCUUGACAAAAGCAAGAACGGUACCAUUAUUAUCGGCCACUUGUGAUUUACAGCCGUUCACGUGAACAGCGGAGAAAAAAAAUGUAUGGUGAAGUGAUCAAGUAUACUAAGCAGGAAUGCAUGCGGGGAAGAAUUCAUCUGCUUCAUUAGGCUACCCGGCACUGUUUCAUAACUGAAAACUUUUCUAUCUGCCAGACCUGCACAAAAUUUUCUUUAAUAGCACAGCGAGAGUUAAUUUAGUUUUUCAAGUUUCCAGCUGCCCAUCUGCUGUAAAGCUCACAUAUGGCAGGUGACAGCACUGAAAGUUUGGUGGCUCUAGGUUUUAUUUCCGAACCGCAGAAUAUUUAUUUGUUGAAUUUUCGAUGUUUUUUUUUCAAUGUGCUGCUACACAGAGUGACAUUUGAUGGAACUUUCAUUACCGCCUGAUAGUUGGGGAUUAGUUGAGGGGGUUCUGAUCCCCCCCCUCCCAAAUUUUUUCAUGCUUUAAAUUUUUAGGUAAUACUAAAAUAUUUACACACCUUCACAGCGACCACCAUUUGCUAAAGUUAGCCGUUCUACACACACACACACUUCCUGGAUAAAAUUCCUGGGUACGGCUCUGGCUUCAGCUUGAACAGUAUUGUCAAGCCUGGGCCCACCAGCCAUAAACCAAGCAACAUAUUUUAAGACACAACACACCACACUUGUGGCCCAGUGUAUGGGCAUAAUACACUGUGAUGCAAGCGUUGGAGCUUAGACGAGUUGGCAACUUUCGCCAUCUGCCUGUUCCUUAUAUCGUUAGUGUGCGCGUGCUGUGAACAUCACCAAGUUGAAUCCAGUGAUGAGUAGGACUCAGUCACAGGAAAGGUUGAGCAGUGAUUGUGGCAUUAGUGCUUCUAGAUACAAGUGUCCUUGCAUAUGCUUCGUUGAAGGCAACGACCAGUGGUCAUCAACGUGGCAGCACUCGCUUCAUAUGUGGUCCUUGCAUAUGGUUCACAUUGUCUUGCUUUGCUUUAGUGGAAUAGUCAUAAAGUCGGGCCUUUAUUUGUAAAAAAGAAAAAAGGAUGCACUCCUUGUCACGAAUGAAUUUCAUGUACUAUAAUGGCGAUGCCUUGCUGGUUUUAUUUUUGCGACUCAGAAGACUGCCUUCCUUAAAAGAUAGACAUGCUUUUUGUGUUUUGCACUUGAAGGAGUAUCCCCAAAUUCUGUGUGGUUUUCUAGUACUAUGAGCGAGUAGUUCUUUCGCAUUGGCAUUGUUCAGUUUAUCCCCUUCAGGCGCAGUGUCCAUGUAUGUGGACACAACUUGCUGUUGCCAUUUCUUUGGACAGUGGCCAAGAAAGAGCACAAUACAUUUUGCGUAGGAUGAAUAACUUUCUGCAUAGUUAAAGGGACACUAAAGGCAAAUAUUAAGUCGACGUUUAUUGUUGAAAUAGUGGUCCAGAUACCUCGUAGUGCUACUUUUGUGCCAAGAAAGUGCUUAUUUUGAAAUAAAAUCACUUCUUAGUGGUCCGCAUCACGUUAGCGCACUUCAAAUCACCCGCCUGAAAGCGGUCUUUCUGACAUCACGGUCGCCGUGCCCAACGUUGCCCGCCUUUACUGCACAGCGGCGCGCACUGGCGGCAGUGUGCACUGGCGGCAGCGUGCACCAUUCGGGCAUCCAGCAACAUCACAUGCAUGCAGCAUUUUGUUGAACUUUCUGUCAGAGCGACUUUCACGAGUGUGCAAAACACAUGCGGCAGUACGCAAUACUGAAACUACGCGACCGCGUGAGCGAAGCCGGGCACCGGGCGAAGCGCAGUUCGGUUAAAAUCGAACCUUUGAGCCAUGGGCGCCGUUCCCCGUGGCAACACCAAAAAGGUUCUUUUUUCCAUGAAUCAAACAGAGACGAACAAGCAGCAUUUUAUUACGUCUCUUGAGGCACGGAAGGUUUUUUUUAUUGCAGCUAGUUUUAUUACUAGUGAUUAAUUGUAGUUGGAUGCUCUCACGUCAUUGGGAUCAUUUCCAAAAUGUCCCACUCAUGGCGCACGUCAUGUGAUAGAUUUAGCUUAAUUUCUCGGUAAGUAGGGCACUGCUGUUGAUAAUAUUGCCGUUUUAGACAUUGUCGUACAUUGAGCUUUCACUCUGACAUAAAUUGUUAUUUGCCUUUAUUGUCCCUUUAAUGUGUCUUCACUUAACUUCAACUUGCUGAGUAUCACUGCAGACGAUCACUUUGGGGAAGGCACUACAAUGUUCAACGUGCCACGUUCCUGGACUAACGUCAAACAUUUUUCUUCCCUCGAAAUGAAUGCAACCAAAAAGAAAUCGCACAUGCAUUUCGAGACUACGAUUUAAUUCUUGUUAUACAGAAGAGGUACAUGACUGACUGCAGAAUAAUUAGAUAUUUAAUUACAUGAUAAUUACAAUUAAUGAAACUUGCAUAAAAUGUGUUACCUUCUCUUCUUUUUCUUGAAGUAUAAUAUCGAGUGCCUUGGAAUUACGUUGCGUACAUUUGACACAUUUGCAGACAGUUCAUCAUAACUCGCGUCUGAAGGGAUUAUGUACAUAGUGCUUCUUUAAUAUUGUGCAAACUCCUGUACAGCUCGCUGUGAUUACUUCUCUUUAGUACCUUACUGUAGUCACAUACAUGUUCAAAGUGUCUGGUGGGAUGCCUUGUACUCCAUUUCACAAUAAACUUGCACUAGAGUAGAACCUACAAUAUCUGCUCAGAGGUGGAAUCUUGUGCGCACUCGGUCUUUGUUCGGUUUCCAGGCAUCACCUGUGUCCACAUUUGUAGAUGCAGCGUUAUGAGAAUGCAAUAGGGAAAAAAAAAAAAGGUAGAAUGCAUGUAACAUGUUGGCUUACUGUUGGAAGCCAGCUGUUGUCGUCAAACGACUGUCUUCAGCUGUCGACGGCAAACAUUCGAAAAUCAAAACAAAGACUAAAUGCAUUCGAGAUGUUACCCCCGGUACCAAGGACUGAGCAAGCUAUGCUGUUUUAUGGUGGGAGGCUCCUUUCUUACAUUUGCACCUCUUUCUGCCUUAUCUCGGCUUAAUCAUCUUCCACUUAAAUGCCAGAUUCUUGCAAAAUGGAGUACUGCAGAGGAAUGUUUACUACGCAGGCCACAUGCUCUCCGCUUCAUAGUUUUAAAACUCUAUUGGUGAAAUCAUUUGCGCAUGUCUGGUGCUGUUGUAAGAAUCAAAGGGAGUUUUAGAAUUGGGUACCCAGAGCUUUAUUCAUGCAAUCGCCCCAAGUUGUCGUCAGUGCACGUGGGUCAAAUGCAAGCCGUUUUUCGGGUUAAUGCUACAACCCUUAUUUUUAAAAAAUAGUGUGCAUACCCAAUAAACUCAAGGCCUGGAUACCCAGUUCUCAUACUCUAAUUUUUUAAGCAAGAACUGUGCAGAAAGUAACGUGAAUCUAAUUGAUGCACCAUGGCGUGCAUGUAAAUGGGCACAAAUGUUUUGCGCACGAUCGUAACAUGUACAUUUGUUGUUACUUUGUUUGGGGGUUUGUAUGUUGUACUGUGAAUAUUGUAGUCAGCUGCCUUUACGCCUGUACAUAGCUGCCUGUCUUCAUGUGUCGGAGGGAAAGGGUCUCAGUAUGAAUAAAAUAUUGAUGCUUACAA